CAAUCUUAUUCUUCCUCAAAUCAUUAUUUAUAGGUUUUUCUGGUUUCAGUUUGAUUUCAAUUUUUUGAAUCUUCGAGUCGAUAUUCGUCAGUAAAUCCACAAAAUCCGCUAGGUUUUCUCUAUUUCAGCACACAUCCGACUGUUUUUCGCAAGUUAUAAAUUGAUUGCUCCUUCUCAUCAAGUGAUUUAUAAAGUUUAAAUUAAAUCAGCAAUAGGAAAUGGUCAAAAGGAGCAAGUAUGGAUCAUUUUAAUGUGCAACAGGUACCAUGUCUCAGUGUUUAGAGGGGGUCAGACACUUAUUUGCUUCCCUGCUACACUGCUGUGAUCUUGAGCUGUAUAAACAAUCAAGAGGCCUUGAAGAUCCUGAAAUUCUAGCCAGAGAGACAGUGUUUAGUGUAAGUGAAAUUGAGGCACUUUAUGAGUUAUUUAAGAAGAUAAGCAGUGCAGUCAUUGAUGAUGGGCUAAUUAAUAAGGAGGAGUUCCAGCUGGCAUUGUUUAAGACGAAUAAAAAAGAAAGCUUGUUUGCCGAUCGGGUGUUUGACCUGUUUGACACGAAGCAUAAUGGAAUCCUGGGUUUCGAGGAGUUCGCUCGUGCACUCUCAGUAUUUCAUCCUAAUGCCCCUGUUGAUGAUAAAAUUGAAUUUUCCUUUCAGCUUUAUGACCUCAAGCAGCAAGGUUUCAUAGAGAGGCAAGAGGUAAAGCAAAUGGUGGUAGCUACCCUUGCUGAGUCAGGCAUGAAUCUUUCAGAUGAUGUCAUCGAAAGCAUCAUCGACAAGACAUUUGAGGAAGCCGAUACAAAACAUGAUGGGAAGAUCGACAAAGAAGAAUGGAGGAGUCUUGUACUGCGACAUCCAUCCCUUUUAAAAAAUAUGACGCUUCAGUAUCUCAAGGAUAUCACGACAACGUUUCCAAGCUUCGUUUUUCACUCGAGAGUAGAGGAUACGUAACCAAUUGAGAACGUAGUCGGAGAUUUGUGUGUUUUUAUUGUGGUUUUGUUCUCACAAGCAGAGGUGAGUUUGUGGAUAAACUUUUGGUUUUUGAAUGAUUUGAUUGUGACCGCCAUUCUAUCAAAGUAUAUUAUGUUUAUAAGACACCUUUAUUAUUAGACUAUGAUUAUUGAAUAAGAAUUAUUGUUGGCAGCACA